AUGCAACCUUCACUCCCUGUCCCUUCUCCUAACCUGUCACAUUGGCACCAAACUACCCGGUCGUUUCCGCACCUAAAUGAGAAUAGUUCCGCCGAUGUUCCCCUAUCUACCCAAUACCUCAUUAUCGGAUCUGGUAUCUCCGGAGCUCUGACCGCUUGGGAACUGAUCAACAACGGCAUAGCUGGAGAGGAUAUUUUGAUCCUCGAAGCAAGAGAGGCCGUCUCGGGUGCAACUGGUAGAAAUGCAGGACACAUUCGACCGGAUGCCUUCCAUGGCUUCCCUCGCUUCUCUUCCAUCCACGGCCCUGAGCAGGCAAGAUUGAUUCUCGAGCAUGAAAGAGUUGUACUGCAGAUCGUUAAAGACUUUGUCGAAACAAACAAUGUUGACUGCGACUUCAACUAUACCAUGACCUUCGAGGCCUGUCUCAACGCAGACUACAAGGAGUACUUAGUCAGUGCAUUUGCCGCGUUCCGUGACGCUGGUGGCGAUGUAUCCCACAUCAGAUUCUACGACGGGGAAGAAGCCAAGAUUAAGACCAGACUUCCUGCGGCCUUGUGUGCGUAUGAAUGGCCUGCGGCAUCCAACCACCCGGCCAAGCUGUGCCAAUGGAUUUUGAGUGAUGUAAUUCGAAAGGGCGGCCAGCUCUGGACACACUGUCCUGCUACCAAGAUCCUAGAGCACAAAGCUUCACCCUCAACUGGCAUGAGGUGGGAUAUUACCACUCCACGGGGAACUGUGUCGGCGAAGACUGUGAUCCAUUGUACCAAUGCAUACGCGGCAUUCUUGCUUCCGGAGUUGGCUGAUACUAUUAAACCAAGAAGAGCACAGGGCCAUUCAUAUGUACCUCCAGAUUCCUUGUCCGGUGCCAAUACUCUGCGAAGCACAAUGUCUCUGAGAUAUGGGCCCAAGCACUUUUUCUCCGUCAACCCACUCAGGGAUGGCAUGAUCAUUCUUGGGGGCGGGGCAUCUAGACAAGACUCAGAUUGGACUCCAGACUACCUCAAAGACAGAUUCACAUUUGAUGACUCAACACACAACCCCAGCAUUAUGGCAAAUAGCAUCGAUGAGUUCUCAGUGCUGGCUUUUGGAUCACCUUCAGUGAAAACAGAACGACACGGAGAAGGAUUCUCUCAUGUUUGGACCGGAAUCGUUGGAGAGACUCCCGAUGCUGUGCCACUCGUUGGACCCAUUGAUGGAUUGGAUGGCCAGUGGAUUUGCGCUGGUUUUAAUGGACAUGGUAUGGCCCGAAUUUUCCAAUGCGCUCCUGGAUUAGCAAAACUCAUCAUGGGCGAACCCUGGAGUGCCACGAACAUGCCUGAGUGCUUCCGGUUCAAUAAAUACAGGGUUAGCCAAAUUGGGAAGCAAAGGGGCGAUAAGUAA